AUGUUGUACGAUGAGAAAGCCAACCUUGAGAGCGAAAUCAAGGCCGAUCAACAGGAUGCUUUACUAAAGGAUUCUGGUGAACAGACCUGGGAGCAGACCAUUGCCAAAGCCAGAGAAGUUAUUGAUAGGUUAGAUCAUGUCACUCUCAACAUUGCUGUGACAGGGGUGAGUGGGGCAGGAAAGUCCUCCUUGGUUAACGCCAUCAGAGGUCUUCAAGAACAUGAGGGAGGAGCUGCACCCGUUGGAACCACACAAUGCACCAUGGAGCCCACCAUGUACCCCCACCCACUUAUGCCCAAUGUGAACAUCUGGGACCUGCCAGGCAUAGGGACCAUAAAAUUCAAAGCAGAAACCUACAUGAACAAAGUCAAUUUCCAAAACUAUGACUUCUUUAUCAUAAUCAUUGCUGAUCAACAGGAUGCUUUACUAAAGGAUUCUGGUGAACAGACCUGGGAGCAAGUCACUGCCAAAGCCAGAGAAGUUGUUGAUAGGUUAGAUCAUGUCACUCUCAACAUUGCUGUGACAGGGGAGACUGGGGCUGGAAAGUCCUCCUUUAUUAACGCCAUCAGAGGUCUUCAAGAACAUGAGGAAGGAGCUGCACCCACUGUAGAAACCACCAUGGAGUCCACCAUGUACCCCCACCCAACCAUGCCUUAUGUGAAGAUCUGGGACCUGCCAGGAUUCAAAGCAAAAACCUUCUUGAACGAUUUUAAAUACCAACACUAUGACUUCUUUAUCAUAGUAAGUGCAUCAAGAUUCACGGAAAAUGACAUAAAUCUGGCUAAGGAAAUCAAGAAAAAUAAGAAGAAUUUCUACUUUGUUCGCACAAAGACCGAUAAGGAUGUAGCAAACGGAAAGAGAAAGAACGUAGGAGAGGAGGCAACACUUGAGAAAAUAAGAAAGGCGUGUCUGGAAAAUCUCAGCACAUUGGGAUCUCCUCCUGUCUUCCUCAUUUCAUCCCAUUACCUGGAAAGGUUUGACUUCCAGAAACUGGUAAAUAAACUGGUAGAGGAUCUUCCAGAUCACAAGAGAAAUGCUAUGAUUAUGAGUUUGCCUGUUUAUUCCAAGCAGUCUCUUGACGAGAAAUACAGUGAAUUCAAGAAAUAUGCAUGGGCUUUGGCCUUCACAUCAGGUGCCAUAGCGGCAAUCCCAGUACCAGGGCUAGCAACUGUAUCUGAUGUUGCCCUAGUUGCGUCUUUCUUAACCAAAUGCUACUAUGCAUUUGGUCUAGAUGAUGGAUCACUUCAAAAGUUGUCAGACAGGGUAAACAAGCCAAUACUGAAAGAGGUUAAAAAAUCAGGACUUGUCAGGGAGAUUGCUAUCAGUACAUCAUUUGCAAUGAGCAUGGUAACAAGAAUCUUGUCAGCAGUUGUUACUGAGUCACUGUGCAUCCUUGUUCCUGGUGCUGGCAGCAUAGCAGCAGCUGCAGCAUCUGUUGUUACCACACGAUCUCUGCUCCUAGAAGGGGUGGAUGAAAUGUAUAGAGUAGCCAAAAUUGUGCUUGAAAUGGCAGAAAUACAGUAG